ACGACGAACUUCAUCCCGGACCCAGCCCCCCACGCUACAUGGACGACUGGCAACUUCCACGCACAGAAUCUCCGGCAUAUGAACCCGAGGUUCCUGUGUCGCAGCCAGUACACUCGCGGACCCAGAGUCAUAGUCGGAGCCGCAAUCAAAGCCAGGGUCGCACAAGGCCCAGGAGGGCCGAUAGCGAUGAGCCGUACGAUGUUGAUUUUGAAAAGGGGGCGUAUGCUAGAUAGAUUUACGCAUGCGCAAGUUGUGCGGUUGCCUGGAUAUGAAGGGUAG